AUGAAUGAACAAAUUAUCCAGCCAAUCAUCUCCCAGUACUAUCAUUCCAACGACGGCCACGGUCACAGCUUUAUAUAUGGACCCAUUAAUGACUUGGACCUGAUUGCUGGUAGCCUUCAUCCAAUUGUUGAAAACCCAAGAACCUUCAAACCUCCAAAACCAAAAGAAAACACCAGACCUAGAAUAAAUAAGUUGACUACUCCACAAGAAAACAGCACAAGAUUGUUUAAACAUCCCAUCACUGAUAUUGGUGAAUACUCCAUUGAUGAAUUAAAACAAUUAUUCCUUAAUCACUUGCAUAUGAUUGAACCAACUAACAAAUUAUCCCUGUUUAGUGCCAAUCUCAAGAAUGAGAUUGAGUAUCAAAUGUUCAACUAUUUCGUCAAUAAUCUUUCUAGUCAAUUAGACGUAUUCUUUGAAGUUAAAGUAUAUUCAGAAAUUGUUUCACAGAUGGCAUUAUAUGAUGAUUCUGGUAUUUUGUUACAAUCGGUGUUUUGUUUAAGUUCGUUAAUGCUUCAUAGAAUGAUGCCUGAUAAAAUUGAUGCAUCGCUCCCAAUCAAAUACUAUCACCAUUCAAUCAAAACCAUCAAGUCUUACUUGGAUAUGUUCAAUCAUGAUAUGGGAGUAUGCUCGAAGUGUCUAUUGGCUACAACGUUAUUAUCAGUUUAUGAAUUUUAUUUCACUUCUAUUGAGGAUAUAUACACAGGAAACGCUGCUAGUAUCUUAGCGUCAAUUAUCCAAAGCGAUAACAGCAGAAAUAAGUCAAGUCCCCUACUUGAUUCAGUCUUUCUUGCAACUUGUUUCUGGAGCGUGUUUACUUUAGGAUUCAUCCAAUCACUAAAGAAUGUUCGUGUUAAUAUCUAUUCCGUUGAUUUAUUUUGGAAGGCGCUUGACUCGGAAUACUUUACCGUGUUUGAUAAAUACAUGGUGUUGACUGAAGCAUCAGAACCAAAAACUACGCUUUCGAAAACCGAGACGGUUUGGUGGUUCCGUAAAACUAUCCUCAUUUGCAGUCAAAUUUCGGAUUUUAAAGGGGAGGUAAACGUUCCCACUCAGCAAGAUGUUGAGCAGAAUCAAAGUUUCAAAAAGUGGAUUGAGUUGAAAGAUAUCUUGGUUGAUUUUGAGAAUAAAGCCCCAGAUGGUCUUUUUCCAGUUAUAUAUCACAGUAAUUCUGAUUCUGGUGCAUUCCCUACGAUUUUCUUUAAGGAUGAACUUUCAACCUUGAUUGGCAUCAAUCGAGCAUUGGCCAAACUACUAUUGUUUGAGUCAUUGCUUGUUAAAACAAAUAUCCAAGCGAGGGAAGUACGAGACGAGUUAAGUAAGUUCCCACCGGGUUAUGAAAAGAAGCUUGCUAAAGACUUGAUUGGGAUAAUUAAAUGCUAUGAUUCCAAUAGUACAAUCUGGCCCUUGAAUCUACAUGUAUUGGGCUAUGUCCAAGCAUAUCUUGCUGAUGAAGAACAAGCCAUAAAUGAAAUGAGUCCUUUAAUAACCAAAUUAUCUAAGGUAUGUAACCUAAAUAUCUAAUUUUAUUUAUUUCUAUUUGUAUUAAUAAAAGCGACUUUAAGAGGAAAUGUUAACUUCCCAAGUUCUAAUGGUUCCAUCUAAACCAGUAGUUACAAAUCUACCGUCCUUAGCUUCGGAAUCGUAUGAUAACCAAUCCAAACCAGAAAUACCAGAAAGAUGUGCUAAUGGAUACUUAACCACUUUAGAAGGUCUUUCUACUGAGUAAAGGAAUAACCCACUAUCUAAUCCACCACUGAUCAAAUACUUGGAAUCAGGGGUCCAUUUAGCAUCAUAAACUCUACUAGAAUGGAAUGCCCAUCUAGUUGUAACAACGCUAGCAUCUGAUGUCUUGAACAAAGUGUAUUUACCAGCAGCAUCAGCAACGGCAAAAUAUUCCUUGGAUGGAGAAACCACAAUUAAAGUAGGAGGAGAUCUCAUCUUUGGGAAUUCUUUAGAUGUUUUGGUUAUUGAUUUGGAUUCGAUUCUCAAUUCUUCAAUAGUGUUGGUGGUAGUGUUGGUGAUCAAUAAUUCGGAAUCGGAAACCACGCCAAUAGAACUGGAUGAAAAUGUAAAAUCAAGCUCUGAUACUAAACUGAGAUCUUCGGUGUAUAUUUGUAUUUUAUUUUCGAAUAAUACAAUGACACCAUUGGAAGUUUUGGCCAAUUGCUUAGCUUGUGCUGGUAAUUGAAUGGACUUUGAGACAUUUUCUUUAUUCCAAAGUUUCAAAGUGUCAUCCCAACCGACAGAAACCUGCGACAGACCAACUUUUACGAUAUCAACAACAUAGUUAGUAUGACCAGUAGCUGAUUCUGGAAGAGCACUUGGCCCAUCUUCUUGCACACUCCAUUGAAACAAUUUCCCAUCAGCGCCACCGGUGUACAAUGAGUCAUCGUCGUAUUUGACAGUUGUAAUUGGUGCUUGGUGUCCCUUGACUGCUUCGACCAACUUACCAGAAUAGUCGAAAUAGUUUAAGUUACCGUUGGCAGAAAGAGAAAUCACAUACUCCUUAGCUAAAGCUAACCCAACUUGAUGAUUUUCAACAGUAACUUUUUCGCUGACUGUGAAUGUUUGUACACUUUCGUAAGUGGAAAUAUCCCAUUUCUUUAACGAAUUAUCAGCGGAAGCGGUAAUGAAGAAUUUAGAAUCUGGUAACCAGGCAACUGCGAAAAUACCACCGUUAUGCGCAUUUUCAAUACGCUUGACAAAUUCUCCUGUCUUACCUUGAUAAAUAACAAUACUUCUAUCCGAACUUACAGAAACAAGAUGUUCUCCAUCAGGACUAAACUUCACAUCUCUAACUACAUUAGUAUGAUGUCCUCUCAAACUCUUGUCAAAUUUAAAUGGAGGACCAUUGAAGAAUACUAAGGCAAAAUCAUCGCCAACAGUGGCUGCGCGGUAUGGUCUUUGAGGUUUGAUAGCCACGGCAUUAAUAGCAGCGCUGUGGCCCUGAAUAUCACCAAUAGAGUUACCGCUGUCCCAAGUGAACGCAUGCCCAAAUUUUUCCUUACCUUGACCAACGGCAAUUAUACGGGAAUUGUCAGCAUCCCAUGCAAUGGAUCUAAUUGGCCCGGACAUAAUUUGAAAUUCACUCUUGAUAGUGGGCUGUUCAAAUUUGGUAGACUUAUCCUUUGCAUCAAUGGAAGCAUCCCAAAUUUUGAUUUGACCAGAUUCAUCCCCAGAAGCAACAUAGAACCCUGAAGGUGAGAAGCUGACAGCUGUGGUGUUGCAAAUAUGCUUGCUGAAACAAAUCACAGGGGCGGUAGCUUUGAAAUCCACGGGCCUAACAAUAAUCGAUUUGCCGUUGACAUAUGCCAAUCUUUCAUUGACUGGAUCAUACGAGAUAUGACUAGCUUGACCUCUCAGAGUAGAAGGUUGAGGAACAGUAAUAGCGAUUGGUUUGAUUGACAUGUUUGAAUCGGUGGUAUAUGGUAUGUUUCGUCA